UUCUGCAAGACCAAGAAGCAAAAGAACCCCCUUCUGCAAAAUCAACAGAAACCCAUUUGUAAAUUUGUCCAUUUUCCGACCCGACCAGAUGGGUUUUCCGGUGGGUUGCACGGAGGUUUUCUUCCCCACAAUAUUCCUCCAUUUACUCUCUCUCCUCGACUUACUCAAACGCCUAAUUCUGUACCUGUUCCGCCUCCUCGGCCUCCCGGAAUUUCUCCACUCCGACGCCGCCGUCUCGCCGGAGGUUGGGUUUCCCUUGAACCCACCAGCCUCCGCCGUGCUCCUCCGCGAAUUCCUCCCCGUAGUGAAAUUCUCGGAUGUCCCCCAGGCGGCGGCAGAGAGCUGCGCCGUAUGCCUAUACGAGUUCGAGGGAGCAGAGGAGAUCCGGUGGCUGACCAACUGCAAGCACAUAUUCCAUAGAGGGUGUGUGGACCGUUGGAUGGAUCAUGAUCAGAAGACAUGUCCGCUUUGUAGAACGCCGUUCGUGCCUGACGGGAUGAUGGAUGAGUUCAAUCAACGGCUCUGGGCCGCCUCUGGAAUUGCUGAGUUUGAUUCUGAGUUCAACUCGGUUUUAGGUUAGUGCAGCAAA